ACGCCGUCAUCCGCUCAGACAACAACGACCAUGAAACACGCACACCGAUGGAUCAAUCUACUGGCGGGCCGACUCCGCGCCCAAGAGGCCCGCCGUCAGUGAGCACGCCAGGAAGAACCCCUGGGCUGAACAGCGAUGCACCCUUUACCUUUGGAGAAGACGAGGUCGUCGGCGUACGAGGCAGCAGACGAGGCCCAUCGACAGCCGGUCCACGACCCGAAGUACAGCAGGUCACUGAUGGCACUGGCGAAGCAAUCUCAUUGGAAUUCGAAGACUUCCUCAGCACCUUCACCGAAAAGCCCGCCGCGCCGUCCGGGCUGCCAGCCUCCAGCGUCCCCUCCACCGACAGGUACUAUGUCGAGCAGAUCAAAGGUCUGGCCCGCUACAAUCUGUCCACCCUGUACAUCGACUACAAGCAUCUGCUGGAUGAAAGAAACGUCCUUGCCAAUGCUAUACAGGAACAGUUCUACCGCUAUCACCCAUACCUGAUCCGCGCUCUCCACAACCAAAUCGCCACCCACGCUCCACGCUACUUUCGCCAACAUCGUCAGCCCGGCACUUCGAUGCCCAACACAUCAGAUGCUUCAGUCGACACGACAGAAGGCUCUGUAGCUCAACAAGCCAUGACAACGAACCAACAAACCGACAGGGUCUUUACCCUUGCUUUCUACAACCUUCCCCUCGUCUCACGCGUUCGCCAAUUGCGCACCAGCCAGAUUGGCUCCCUCUUGUCCAUUUCAGGCACCGUUACCCGCACAUCCGAAGUUCGUCCCGAGCUUUCGCUGGCCACUUUCGUCUGCGAAGUCUGCAACACUCUGGUCCCCAAUGUCGAACAAAUCUUCCGUUACUCGGAACCCACCCAAUGCCCCAAUUUGACUUGCGGUAACCGUCAAGCAUGGCGCUUGGACAUCCGUCAGAGCACCUUUGUCGAUUGGCAGAAAGUCCGUAUCCAGGAGAACAGCUCAGAGAUCCCUACCGGCAGUAUGCCUCGAACCAUGGAUGUCAUUCUUCGCGGCGAAAUGGUCGAUCGCGCAAAGGCUGGUGAAAAGUGCAUCUUUACAGGCACUCUGAUCGUCGUUCCUGAUGUCAGCCAGUUCAGAGUCCCCGGCCAACGUCCUCAAGCCACUCGCGACACAAGCUCUGCCCCCCGAGGUGCCGAGGCCGGCGGCAGUGGAGUCGGCGGUCUGAAAGCUCUGGGUGUGCGCGAGCUUACAUACCGUUUGGCCUUCUUGGCCAACAUGGUCACUCCUGACGCCACUACAGCUGGCCAAGCCUCUACUCAACAGCUCAGAGGCCAGGCUACAAACAUCAUGAGCUCGCUCAACCAAGCAAAGAACUCGGAGAUGGACAACAUCGGUGCUGACGCUCAGACCGAGUACCUGGCCUCGCUCAGCUCCAACGAGAUCAACGAGCUCAAAGCCAUGGUCCACGCUCCCAACAUUUUCAUGCGCCUGGUAGAUUCUCUUGCUCCUAUGAUCUACGGCCAUACUGUCGUCAAGAAGGGUUUGCUCUUGCAGCUCAUGGGUGGUGUGAGUAAAUCUACCGCCGAGGGAAUGGCUCUUCGUGGCGAUAUCAACAUCUGCAUUGUUGGCGACCCUAGUACCAGCAAGUCGCAAUUCUUGAAGUACAUCUGCUCAUUCCUUCCUCGCGCUGUCUACACUUCCGGCAAGGCUUCAUCUGCCGCCGGUUUGACUGCUGCUGUUGUCAAGGACGAGGAGACCGGAGAGUUCACCAUUGAAGCCGGUGCUCUGAUGCUUGCUGAUAACGGCAUUUGCGCCAUCGACGAAUUCGACAAGAUGGACAUCGCCGACCAGGUUGCUAUUCACGAAGCCAUGGAACAGCAGACUAUCUCGAUCGCAAAGGCUGGAAUCCAGGCCACUCUGAACGCUCGUACUUCCAUCCUCGCCGCUGCUAACCCUGUUGGUGGUCGCUAUAACCGCAAGACUACACUCAGAGCCAACAUCAACAUGAGCGCUCCCAUCAUGUCUCGUUUCGAUCUUUUCUUCGUCGUCCUUGACGAGUGCAACGAGGCUGUCGACAAGAAGCUGGCGCAACAUAUUGUCAAUGUCCACCGCCUGCGUGACGAUGCUGUUGAGCCCGAAUUCAGCACCGAGACACUGCAACGCUACAUUCGUUUCGCCCGUCUCUUCCAACCCGUCUUUACGGAAGAAGCCAAGACUACUCUUGUCGAAAGAUACAAGGAACUUCGUGCCGAUGAUUCGCAAGGAGGCGUCGGCAGAAACUCCUACAGAAUCACCGUCAGACAGCUCGAGAGUAUGAUCCGUCUGAGUGAAGCCAUUGCAAAGGCAAACUGUGUCGAUGAAAUCUCUCCAGAGUUUGUCAACGAGGCUUUCAAGCUGUUGAGACAGAGUAUCAUCAGUGUUGAGAAGGACGACAUUGACAUCGAUGACGAGAACUCAGCAGACCUUCUAGAGCAAGUGAUGGCUGAGGCCGAGGAGGACGCUACCAUGGGUGACGAUGAGGAGCCAACGCCACAACCGCAAAAAAUCAGACUGACACAGGACGAAUACCGUGUCCUGAUCAAUAUCCUUGUCAGCAGAAUCUACUCUGAUCAAGAGACAGAUGAGGAUGGUGUUGAGGAAAACGACCUUGUUACCUGGUAUUGUGAGCAGAAGGAAGAUGAGUUGGAGAGCCCAGAAGCAAUGGUUCAGAUGGCAGAUCUAAUCAGAAAGGUUCUAAAGAGGAUGGUCAGAGACAACAUUCUCAUGCGCAUUCGCGGCGAGGGCCUCGCAGAUGAGGCUGGCGAGGGCUUGGAGCAGAGUGAGAGGAUCAUCUACGUUGUGCACCCCAACUGCGACGUUGAGGAGAUGGGAAUCCACGAUGCUUGAGGGUACCAUGUCUGAUUCGUCAUGAGCUUUUGUUUUCCGGCUGGCGUUUGAUGGUUCAUGGAGGGCUGUCUAGGAUACUGGCACGAAUGACGGGCGUUUUAUAGUGGAUAAGGAUAUACCAGGGGCAAUUGUUCAAUUUUUUUUAUUCAUGUAUGAUCAUUCCUGAUCAUAGACACCUUAUCCCCAUCAGCACCGUCCCCCAGAAAGAGACCAUCGCAAGGCACAGCGUUUUUGUUUUGAGACAGGUAGAAUUGUCCAUUGGAAGCCAUGGAUCGGUAAAACUUCACUGUAAAUGAGCUUG